GGUGUUCCCCCUCCUGUCCCAGCUGGGAGCCAACGGCGUCCUCAUCGAGUACGAGGACAUGUUCCCCUUCAAGGGGGAGCUGGAAAUCCUCAGGUCCCCGUACGCUUACAGCGAGGAGGACAUCGAACGGAUCCAGCAGCUGGCGGAACAACACAAGCUGGAGGUGGUUCCCCUGGUGCAGACCUUUGGCCAUGUGGAGUUCAUCCUCAAGCACCAGAAGUACCAGCACCUGCGGGAGGUCGAGCGUUUCCCCAACAGCUUCAACCCCCACAUCCCCGACACCCUGGCCCUGCUCAAGAGCAUCCUGUCACAGGUGAUCGAGAAGCACCGGCGCUCCACCUGGAUCCACAUCGGCGCAGACGAGGUUUUCCACCUCGGGGAGGGGAUGGACUCCAAGAACUGGAUGAGCCACAACAAGGGCGACGUGGGCACCAUGUACCUGAAGCACAUCAAGGAGGUUCUGGGCUUCCUCACGGCGCAGUACUGGGGGCUGCGGGUGCUCAUGUGGGACGACAUGCUGAGGAAGAUCAGCGUGGGAGCCCUGCGGGAGUCCGGGAUAGCAAAGCACGUCUCACCCGUGGUGUGGUUCUACGCGCCCGACUUCGAGGCUGAGCAGAUCGUGCCGUUCCUCACCAAGUACGUGGAGAGCGGCUUCGAGGCGGUUUGGUUCGCCAGCGCCUUCAAGGGCACCACGGGGCCGGCACAGGCCUGGACCCCGCUGAGCUACCACCUGAAAAACCACCUCAGCUGGCUGAAGGUGAUGCAGGCCGUGCCACGGCUGGCCCCGCUGCGCCUGCAGGGUGUUGUGCUCACCGGCUGGCAGAGGUACGAUCACUACUCGGUGCUCUGCGAGCUGCUGCCCGUCAGCAUCCCCUCGCUGGCCAUCUGCCUGCAGACCCUGGUGAACGGGGGCUUCACAGAAGAGGCAAAGAGGAAGGUCCUGGAUGUGCUGGGUUUGGAGAGCGUGCAGCUGGAGCAGAGCACCUGCGAGGGCAGGGGAGCGUUCCCCGGUGUGGAGAUCUAUCACAUGGUGGAGCAGGUUAAUGGCCACCUGAAGGAGAGCAUCCUUAAGGCCCUGGAGGAGGAGAGUGCCAUCAAGGGCUGGUUCAGCCCCUACCAUCGGAAGCGCCAGUUUGGGAACCCCCGCAACAUGGAGAGCUUUGGCAGCAAGGUGCUGAAGCUCCAUGAGGACUGGGAGAGCUUUGUCCGUGACCUGCGUGCCCAGCUGGAGAGGAUCUACUUCCCUGACACGGUGGAGGAGUGGAUGGAGGAGAACAUCAACCCCUACCUGGACCAGCUGCGGGACCUGGUGCGGGAUUACCGGGCCAUCAUCCGCCUCAACGCCCGGCCCAAGGCCACGUAGGGGCUGCGGCCCCCCCGGCUCCCGCUGCCCCCUGGCUGGGCUUUGGGGGCCACCGUGGUGUGUGUUUGCUGGUGACGGCGCUGCUGCCGCUGUCUGCACUGUACAGAGCCCCUGCACUCCCCCCUCCACAAUAAAGUAUUUUCAUAGAUA